UAAAGUCAAAAAAAUUUCAACUUAUUGGUUUGGUACUUUGGUUUCAACGAACGCGGAAAUGGAGGCUCUAGUGUGUAGGAAAUUGGGUGAUCCAACAUUGGGUAAUAAUUCACCAAUCGAGGUCAGUAAAAGUGAGCCAAUUCCAGAAUUGAAAUCUCCAACAGAUGUUAGAGUCAAAGUGCAAGCAACCAGCUUGAAUUACGCAAAUUACCUCCAAAUAUUGGGUAAAUAUCAAGAUAAACCUCCCUUGCCUUUCAUCCCUGGAUCUGAUUAUUCUGGGAUUGUAGAUGCCGUGGGUUCCAAUGUUUCCAAUUUCAAAGUGGGAGAUCCUGUCUGUUCCUUUGCAGCUCUUGGUUCUUUUGCCCAGUACAUAGUUGCUGAUCAGUCUCAAUUGUUUCUAGUGCCCGAGGGCUGUGACUUGUUGGCUGCUGGCGCUCUUCCUGUUGCAUUUGGAACUUCACAUGUCGCCCUUGUUCACAGGGCUCAGUUGACCUCUACCCAGGUCUUGCUAGUUCUUGGUGCUGCUGGAGGUGUUGGCCUUUCUGCUGUACAAAUUGGCAAGGUUCGUGGGGCCACUGUUAUUGCCGUUGCUAGGGGCGCUGAAAAGAUAAAAUUUUUGAAGUCAUUGGGUGUUGAUUAUGUUGUAGACUUGAGCAAUGAGAAUGUCAUUGAAAGUGUCAAAAAGUUCCUCAAGUCGAGGAAUCUGAAAGGGGUUGAUGUUUUUUAUGAUCCUGUUGGAGGUAAGCUUACUAAAGAUUGCAUGAAGCUUUUGAAUUGGGGCGCUCAAAUCUUGAUAAUUGGCUUUGCAAGUGGGGACAUCCCUGUCAUCCCUGCUAAUAUUGCUCUAGUCAAGGUACUUGAUUCCUAAUUAUUUCUUUCAAGUUUC